AUGGAGUCCGCAGAAGAAGCAGUCGUCGACCUUUUCAGACUCGCUCCUGCGACGCUCGCCGAGCGAGCAGUCGCCAUUCGCCUCAUCUUCUGCGACUCCUUUCAGCGACUCCUUGCGAUCCUUCGCCACCGGCUCGUUAAUCGAGUUGCGAAGCUUCAAAAGUUCCUCGCGAUGCUGGUUCGGAGAGCGUGGACGAGCCUCAACCCGCGAAACCCGGGGUUCGUGCUCGGUACGGUCGUCCUCGGAGCGCUCAUCGUCAGGCGAUAUCGCCUGCGAUCAUUCAAGGCGGAGAUGGCUGUGCGACGCAAGUUCUGGGCGAAUCUCAUGGCGACGGCGCUCACGUACGACGAGUGGGCGCACGCCGCGGCGAUGCUCGAGAAGUACCAACCCAGGCGACGGGACUCGGACUUAUACGACGAGGACCUGCUGCGCGCCAAGCUGGUGGACCUGCGGCGGCGGCGGCUGGAGGGCGGCGUGGAGGGCAUCGUGUUCGCCAUGCGCUCCGACCUGCUGCGCAACCUCGGCAACAUGUGCAACCCGCAGCUGCACCAGGGCCGCCUACAGAUGCCGCGCCUAAUAGAGGAGUACAUAGACGAGGUGCGCUUCCACCUGCGCGCCGUGUGCGACUCGCACGCGGACGCCUUCCCGCGCGACGCCAAGCUCGCCUUCAUCCACGAAACGCGCCACGCCUUCGGCCGCACCGCGCUCCUCCUCUCCGGCGGCGCGGCCCUGGGCGCGUUCCACCUGGGGGUCGUGCGCACGCUCAUAGAGCACCGCAUGCUGCCGCGCGUGCUCGCAGGCGCGUCCGUGGGAUCUAUCAUCUGCUCGUUCGUGGCCACGCGCACGGGGUCGGAGCUGCAGGCGUUUUUCGAGGAGAACAUGCAGAGCCUGACGUUCUUUGAGAGCAUGGGGUCGGUCUUUGCCACGGCGCAGCGCCUGCUGGUGCGCGGGGCCAUUGGGGAGAUUGGCGUGCUGCAGCGGCGGCUGAGGCAGCUCAUUGGGGAUCUUACCUUCCAGGAAGCGUACGACCUCUCAGGGCGAGUGUUGGGUAUCCCAGUGUGCUCCAUGCGACCACAGGAGCCUCACCGCCUGCUGACCUAUCUCAGCGCGCCGCACGUGGUGAUCUGGAGCGCGGUGACAGCCUCAUGCGCGUUCCCGGGGCUGUUCGAGGCACAGGAGCUGAUGGCCAAGGACAGCAGCGGUCGCAUCGUGCCCUUCCACAUGCCCUCCGAGGCGGGGCCGGAGGAGCCAGCAGCGGCAGUGAAGCAGCGCGCGUGGAGGGACGGCAGUCUGGAGAGCGACCUGCCGAUGCAGGAGCUGCGCGAGCAGUUCAACGUGAACCACUUCAUCGUCUCCCAGGCCAACCCCCACAUCGCCCCGCUGCUGCGCCUUAAAAACGCCUGCCGCGUCUACGGCGGGGAAUGGGCUGCUAAGCUGGCACAGUUGGCGGAGAUGGAGUUGAAGCACCGGUGCGAGCAAGCCCUAGCCAUGGGGUGGCGGGUGGGCGGGCUGGCCAAGCUGUUCGCGCAGCCAUGGGAGGGCGACAUCACCAUUGUCAUGCACGCCACGCUCGCACAGUUCGCCAAGAUUAUUCAGAACCCCACGCCAUCGGAGCUGCGAGCGGCCAUACAGCAGGGGCGGCGCGGCACGUGGGAGCGGCUGAGCGCCAUACGAGCACACUGCGGCAUCGAGCUCAUGCUCGACGAGUGCGUCUCCAUCCUGCACCGCCGCCGCACUCCACCUCCCUCCACCGCUGCUGCUGCCGCCCGUGCCCCCACCCUUGGGCCCGCGCUCUCCCCUGCUGCCCGCACGCUCUCGCACCCCUCGCUGCCGCUCAUGGCUGCUGUGCAUGCUGCGGGAGCCGGGGAGGAGCGAGCCAGGGCAGGGGCGCAAGCAGGUGCAGGAGCAGGGGUAGCAGGAGGAGCAGCAGGUACGGUGACAGGGCUUCCGGUGGGCGCAGGAGGAACAAGCAUCGGUGCAGUGGGAGCAGGCGUGGGUGCAGGGGGGGUGUGGGGGAGCGGCGGUGCAGGGCGUGGGUCGUUUCGGAAGCGUAUCCCCUCGUGGAACCAGUUUGCUCGGGAGAGCUCCUGGGGGUCCCUGGAUGAGGAUGGGGCUGCCGCUUCCCUGCCUGCCGCGGCGACAGCUGGCGCCGCGGGAUUGGCUGGUGGUGGAGGGUCCGGGGCAGGGGCAGCAGCAGGUGGGGGUGAGAGCAGCGACAGUGAUGGCGAGAGGGAGCGAGAGAGGGAGAAUGCGAUGCUGGCGUGGAUGCGAGCAGGAGGGCCGUUGCUGCGGACGGCUUCCAGUGGCAGGGUGGUUGGUCUGGAGGAGAGGACAGAGGGUAGUGGUGCAGGGGAAGUGGGGCAAGGAAGGGCGGAGCUGGCUGGGAGUGAGGAGAUGGCAGCAGGGAGGGUGGCGCAUGGGGAGCUGACUCACCCUCACUUGGUCACAGAAGCACAUGGUGCUGCCACCAUCACGACCACCACAGCAGCAGCAGCUGCUGCAGCAGCGGCCAGCCUGCCAGUUUCUGCCACUGGUUUGUACCUGCCGUUUCCUCCCAGCAAUGCGCCUCCUGCCCUGUCACCCGUCUCGCCCCCCUUCCAAGGCCACGGAUUCCUCUCCCAUCUGCGCUCCCACUUCUACCCCUCACCCACCUCCGCCGCCCCCACCACACACUUCCUCUUCGCCCCCACCACCGCCGCAGCUGCUCCUGGACACUUCCACGCACCUUCCUUUUCAACCCCUCCCGGCCCAGCCGAUGCUGGUUUCCUCGUGAGCAGGGGCAGUGGUGGGGAGGAGGAGGCGGAGGAGGAGCGAGUGGUGGGGUUGGUACUGGAGAGUAGCAUGCACUGUGCGCCCAGCACUGCUGUUAGGGCCGCUACUAUGCGCUCUGUGCUUGAAGGAGGGGCCGUGCAUGCCGGUGGGGGGAGCGGCUUGGGGUUGGGGUUGGAGAUGGGUGUUGGUGUGAGCAUGGGGCAAGGCAUGGCAGGGCAUAUGUUCCGGGCGGGGAGUGCAGGUGCGGUGGGUGUGAGUGAUGUGGUGAUGCAGCCUGCUGCCUCCAGUGCUGCUCCUCCCCAUGCACAUGCUCGUGUGCCUCACCACCAGCAGCAGCAGCAGCAACAGCAGGAGCAGCAGCAGCAUGGUAUGGAGUGUGGGUCACAGGAGGCACGAGUGAGCCUGGCUGAAGGAAUGGCAGGCGCACCAGCAGCUUCAGCGGGAGCAGCAGCAGGCUCGGCAGGAGCAGCAGCGGGCUCUGCAGGAGCAGAAAACAGACAAGGUGUGGAGGAAGCACAAGGAGCAAGCAGGGGCGCGCCACAUGGCAGCAGCGCAGCAUCAACAGACACUCUCGCUCUCACACCCCCCACGGCACCCGCAAGCCUGUCUCUCUCCGCUGCCCCCCUCUCAGCCCCUUCCUCCCAUCCCAGCAGCCCAUCCUCCUCCUCUCCCAGUGCCGCCGCUUCUUCCCCCGUGUCCAUCUCCCCAUCCUUCUCUGACUGGCGCCAUCUUAGCCAGUUCGUCAUCCCUACUACGACCGUCAACGAGAUGGCCUGCAUCGUUGCUGAGCGUGUCUGCGUGGACGUCGACGCUCUGUUCUCGAGCUGCUGGGAGCAGAAUGACUCCCUCGCUCGCUUUGUUUGCGGCCUGGUCUCUCUUCCGCGCCUGGUUGACUUCCAGUGGAACAGGUCAAGCAAUCACGUAGCAGCCAAGGCUGCUCCGCCCGUGGUGGAGACUCCUACAGUCAAUCUAGAGGCCGCUGCUGUCGUUGUUGGGGUUUCUGACGUAGAUGAUGAGGCUCCUGCUUCUGACAUGAGUGUUGAGGCCUCCAAUGUGACGCUCGAGACUCCAUCUGUUAAUGAAGCCACUGAUGGCUCAGAGGAGGCAGAAGCGUUCUGGUUGGGUGUGGAGCCAGAGGAGGUUGCUCCUUCAUUCCAGGUUGCGGAGGCACAGCAGGGUGUGAAGGUGGGAGCAGAGGAGAGCAGCGGGUGCUCUGUGGCAGCAGCGGCUCGAACUUCAUGGGCGUGA